GUGUGUGUGUGUGUGUGUGUGUGUGUGUGUGUGUGUGUGUGUGUGUGUGUGUGUGUGUGUGUGUGUGUGUGUGUGUACACCACACUCUUCUUGCAAGAGCGUAAUAAACGAUACUACUGUAUCAGAUCUUGUCUCGGACUGAAGUUAUUGAAGUGAGUGAGCUUCGUUUCUCUCAAUUGUGGCUUCGUCCGGGAUAUUCUUCCAUCACCAGGGAGUGGCUGGCCCUGGACACUGGGAAGACGCGUCCGUUCCUGACUGAGGAGCGGUCUCGUGUCCCGGUUUGGUCCGCUCCCUUGGAUGACCUGUAUGAAUCCCACAAGAGAGACAUCUGAAUCAGGCAGUGAAAGGAGGCCAAUAGCAAGUACAGCAAGAAGGGGCCAGGCAACUCUGUGCACAGACCAAGGAAACAGAGUUUAUUGGCACAGACUCCGCCCCUUGAAUUUGCUGUUCAUCCGAUUCGACCGAGAGAUUGGGUCUUAGUAAAGUCAUGGACAUAGACUAAAUUGCAACCGGACUAGGAAGGGCUGUACCAGGUUCUCUUGACCACUGAAACAGCGAUAAGAAUGGCAGAAAAAGGCUGGAUUCACUAAACUCGGAUCAAAGGGACCGGUGGAAUCCCUGGUUGAAAAAGAAGUCUGGACAGCCGAAUCAACGAGUAUUUGAAGAUCUGAAGACAGAAGUUUCAAAAUUAACAGGUGAAGGGCUUAUGCCUGAAACACUGAUUCUCCUGCUCCUCGGAGUCUGCCUGACCUGCUGUGCUUUUCCAGCGUUGCACUUUUUGACUCUUGACUCUCCAGCGUCUGAGGUCCUCACUUUCACGUCAAUGUUUGACUUUCACUCAAUGCAUUAGGACCGCAACAGUUUUCACCUAUGAUUCUGUGAGGAGCAAAUCUUUCUGCUUCGUGUUCCAGUAAGUUUUCAGCUUCCGUGGGACUGAAUGAGAGACCCUGCUGUUGCAGUGCACUGAGCGUGGAGCCUGAAACAGUCGUACGGCCUGGAAAGAGUGGGAAGGGCCUGUACACAAGAUUGUGUGCGGCUGAAGCUUCGGCCAUGGGGAAACCCGAGGGAUCCUGCCCCGUGGAGAAACCGCGGAAGUGUGACGAUUGCGGGAAAGGCUUCCGCGCCCCGUCUGCCCUGGAGACACAUUGGCGCGGUCACACCGGGGAGAGGCCGUUCCCUUGCCCCGAGUGUGGGAAGGCCUUUGUCAAAUCCUCCUCCCUGCUGGUGCACCAGCGGGUCCACACGGGGGAGAGGCCCUUCAGGUGCCCUGAGUGCAGGAAGGGGUUUACCCAGUCCUCCCAAAUGCGGGUCCACACCGGGGAGAGACCAUUCUCCUGCCCCAAGUGCAAGAAGGCCUUUAGGCAGGCCUCCCAACUCCAGCUGCACUGGCGAGUCCACACGGGUGAGAAACCAUUCUCCUGCCUCGAGUGCGGGAAGGCCUUUGCCCAGCCCUCCACCCUGCUGCUGCACCGACGGAUCCACACCAAGGAGAGGCCUUUCUCCUGCCCCAAGUGUGAGAAGGCCUUCGCUUUCUCCUCCGCCCUGCUGACGCACCAGUGGAUCCACACCGGGGAGAGGCCCUUUAGCUGUCCCGAAUGUGGGAAGACCUACACCCGUUUCGCCCAUCUACAGACCCACCAGCAAGUCCACACCAGUAAGAAGCCCUUCAGCUGCCCUGAGUGCGGGAAGGGCUUUAUCCAGGCCUUCAAACUCAUGGUCCACCAGCGGAUCCAUACCAGGGAGAAGCCCUUCAGCUGCCCCGAGUGUGGGAAGGCCUUCAGUAAUUCCUCCUCCCUGCUGGAGCACCAGCAGGUUCACAUGGGGGGAAGUGGCCCUUCAGCUGCCCUGAGUGAGGCAAGGCCUUCAGCGAUUUCCCCCAACCUGUUCGCCCAUCAGCAGGUCCACACUGGGGAGAGGCUAUUCACCUGACCUGAGUGUGGGCGGAGCUUCUCAUUGUCCUGCAACUUGUGGAGGCAGCCAGCAGGGGCACCAGCGCUCCCAAAGAAAGGAUUCCAUUGGUGAUGCUGCUGUGGGUCACCCCCAGGACAGAACCUCCUGCUCUUCUGACAGUGGGUGCAGUGGGAGAGCCAGUGGGCACUCUGUUUUCUGCUGAGCUGCAACCCUCCUGGCCCCCAACCACACAGUGGCUCAGGGGUGGCAUGGUGGCUCACUAGUUAGCCCCGCUGCCUUAUGGCACCAGUGACCCAGGUUCAAUUCCACCAUUGGGCAACUGUCUGUGUGGAGUUUGCACACACUCAUGUCUGUGUGGGUUUCCUCUGGGUGCUCUGGUUUUCUCCCACAGUCCACGCUAAAUUGGCCACGCUAAAUUAUCCAUAGUGUUCAGGGAUGUGUAGGUAAGGUGCAUUAGUCAGGGGGAAAUGUAGAGUAAUAGGGUAGGAAAAUGGAUCUGGGUGGUUUACUGUUUGGAGGGUUGGUGUGGACUUGUUGGGCCGAAUGACCUGUUUCCACACUGUCAGCAGUCUAUGAUUCUAUCUCCUCCUGAUAAAGGGCAUUAACUCAUUCCCUAUGUCAACGAGCCUGUCAAGGUAAACCAUGGCCACCAGGUGACACCAUAGGUCACUUUGAUUUGGUAGCGCAAUCACUCCACCACAACAUGUAGGACUUUGGACAGAAAAUAGAAUUCCCUUUCUGACAGUUUAAUGCCAAUUCUUCUGGGCUGCCACCUCACAUCACCAAGAAUCAGUGGGCAUCUGAAUAAUUCUCCAUCCUCAAAAAAUAAUUGGUUCUAUUUGAAGCCAACUGCAGUCCAGUCUGCUUCGUGUAAAUCAGGUCAGAUGGAAAGGUAAAAUUAACUCUUUCAACAGAACUCGCUCUAAACAAUUACAAGUUAAAGCAAGGCAUUCUUGAGGUGGCUACUACAGUGUUUUUAUUUCAAAUUAUUGGAUACCAUACUGACUGUUGCUAACAUGUUGCUUGAAAUUCCAAACUCUUUUAUUGUACUUGGGAAGUUACAUGACAAUUAAUGUUUGUAUUGAAGGAUCUUGAUAUAUUAUCAUUAUGAUUGAGAAAUUUGGGUUCUAAAGUGGACGGACAAUGCAUAGCUUUAAUUGUAAUGUGUAUGUCUACAUUGUGUACAUUGAAGGGUAUUUUAGGUUAAUUUUGAGCUCUGACUGAUGUUAUGUAAUUGAAUGUGUUUCCAGGUGUUGUGAAACUCCCUUGCCCUCUUUUUUUCCCCAGGAUAGGGGAAUUCAAAACUAGAGGGGAUGGUUUAAGGUGAGAGGGGAAAGAUUUAAGAGACCCGAGGGGCAAUGUUUUCAUGCGGAGAGUAUCAAGUGUAUGGAAUGUGCUGCUCGAGGAGAUGGUGGAGGUUGGUACAAUUACAACAUUUAAAAGGCAUUUGGAUGGGUAUGUGAAUAGGAAAGGUUUAGAGGGAUAUGGGUCAAAUGCUGGGACUAGAUUAAUUUCGGAUAUCUGGUCAGCAUGGACAAGUUGGACCGAAGGAUCUGUUUCAGUGCUGUACAUCUCUGACUCGAAGUCCGGCUUUGAAGGGAAUGACCAGUUCAGUGCUUUUGAGAAAAAGAGAAGAGGGUGAUAAAAAUAUCAGGAUAUUGUCUCACCAUGAUGCGUAUAUGACACAAGGAGACAGAUACAAAGCAGUUUCCUCUUAGAGAGAGACAGCCAUUCAAAAUUUGUGUGUGUGUUGG